CGCCACGGCAGUCGCGCGCCGACCGCGCAGCGCAUCGCACGACCGUGAUGACACAGUGAGUGACAGUGACAAUGGUGACCGGUGUCGGGCAGCCGGCCGUGCCGGAGAAAAAAGCAGAGAAUAGGAGGAGCAAUAAGCCGAUAAUGGAGAAGAGGCGGCGGGCGCGUAUCAAUAAUUGUCUCAACGAACUGAAGGCGCUCAUAUUGGAUGCCAUGAAAAAAGACCCAGCCAGACACUCGAAGCUCGAAAAGGCCGACAUCCUCGAGAUGACUGUGAAGCACCUGGAAGGUCUCCGGACCGAGGCGUCCCCGGACCGGUUCCGUGCCGGCUACCGGCAUUGUCUGUCCGAAGUCUCCCGGUUCCCAGGGCUGGAAGCCGGCUUGAGGAAGCGGCUGGUCAAGCAUUUAGAGGGGAAUGUGGAAGGGGCUAGGCCGCCAGGUGCGCCGACGCCGCCAUCUGAUGCUGAGGACGCGACCGCUGUUCCGCAUUCUACUAUUUUAAUAUCAGCGGGCCCCGGCUCCGGAGUACGCCUCGUCCCAACGCGCCUCUCCAACGGUGACAUAGCUCUUGUCCUCCCAGCCGGCGUCAGCGCCAACGCUCUUGGAGCAGUUCCGACCCUCGUCCCCCUCUCCCCUCGAGCGUCCUCCGCCUCGUCAGAACCCAGGUGCUUCUCGCCAGCCAGCUCUGGAUGGAGCUCGCCUCCACCUGCUGAUGAUCCAGCGCCGUUAGCUUUAGUUACAAGGAAGGCUACGGAGGAUAAACCGUGGAGACCGUGGUGACAGCGUUUUGUAACGCCAUUUUUGAGAAUUCUGAGGGAAUGUCGGUUCAAAUUAAGUGUUUUUGGUUGGUAUUUUUUAUGUGGUAUAGUCGUCAUCAGAUAUAUAGGAGCGGCCAAGGAGCUCAAAGAUAUAUUGAACACUAACGCCUUGAGAAUAGAAGCGUGUUCAGAUAUUUGUGAGCACCUUUAAUGAUGAUGUAAUUUCUAGCCAGUGUAAAAUCAAUCCACUGUUUUUACUUACAUCACAUUUUUUUCAAGUAUUCACAAUGACAUUUCCAUUUUGAAUUCUCAAAAAGAGCAUAAGCAUAAUACUUAUUGGAUUCUGUGAUAUACUUUUAAGUCUGUGAGUGGAAAGAAUGAAGUUCCUAGAUUAAAUAAAGCGUGUGUGUUUUAUUUAGAUAAUAUGCUUGUAAAUAUUGAACGUGUAAAUUUUCCUCAAGUUACUUGCAUGGCCAGUACGAGUAUGUGUGCGAUAUUUUAAGGUACAGUCAGCAGCAGAAGUUCCUAAGCGGGCCAGGUGUUCAAAAUGAUCUUGACGCGACUGUAUUGUUAAGAAAAUACGAGCGUGUCAAGGUAAUUUUGAUCAACUCGCCCGCUUAGUAACUUCUGCUGCUGACUGUAUGUAUUUCAAUUUCAUUCGGAGCCUGAUUCUGGUUUAACAACUUAUUACGGUUUUGAUCUAAUUUUGAUAAGACUUUGAAGCAGGGAC